AUGGUGGAAAAAUCAUGGGUUCAUCUAAACAGAGCUGAUCCUGGUUAUGAGAGAGGUGCGAGGGAGUUUGUGAGAUGUGUUGGUGCAGAUUUAGCAGAGUCUGAGCUGAUCAUUUGCCCAUGCGCAGACUGUCGCAAUGUUGAUCGUCACUCAGCCGUUGUUGUUGUUGAUCAUCUAGUGACUAGAGGAAUGGAUUUGAGUUACAAGAUGCGUGAGGAUUGGUAUCAUCAUGGAGAAGUAUUAUCAGGGACUGGCUGUAGAAGCGAUGCAAGUGAUAGGAACAUAGAGAUUUUAGGGUUAUAUCAAGCAGCUGAGUUUCUCGAUGAAGAUUUUGUUAGGCAGCGUAAUGUAAGUGAGGUUGCUGAAGGUGAAAAUAAGGAAGAAGAUGAGUUUCUUGCUAAGCUAGCAGAUGCAGAAACACCUCUGUAUCCAAGUUGUACUAGCCACAGCAAGCUCUCGGCGAUAGUUUCCCUCUUUAGGAUAAAGACAGAGAGUGGUUGGUCUGACAGAAGCUUCGAUAAGUUGCUUGAGACUUUACGACAGAUGCUACCAGAGGAUAAUGUCUUGCACACAUCGUUGUAUGAAGUGAAAAGGUUUCUGAAAUCCUUUGAUAUGGGUUAUGAGAAGAUAGACGCUUGUGUGAACGAUUGUUGUUUGUUCAGGAAGGAGCUUGAGAAGCUAGACAACUGUCCGAAAUGCAAUGCUUCAAGAUGGAAGAUUAACAAGCGCACAGGUGAUGUGAGGAAAGGUAUUCCAGAGAAAGUUCUGAGGUAUUUUCCGAUAAUCCCACGGCUGAAGAGGAUGUUCAGAUCAGAGGACAUGGCGAAGGACUUAAGGUGGCAUUUUAGUAAUAAGAGCACUGAUGGAAAAAGCAGGCAUCCGGUAGAUUCUGUAACUUGGGAUCAGAUGAAUGACAAGUACCCGUCCUUUGCUGCUGAAGAACGGAAUCUCAGGCUAGGGCUGUCGACUGAUGGGUUCAAUCCUUUUAGCAUGAAGAAUGUGAACUACAGUUGUUGGCCUGUUUUGCUUGUCAACUACAACAUGUCACCUGAGAAGUGUAUGAAGGAGGAGAACAUCAUGUUGUCAUUGCUGAUUCCUGGUCCAACCCAACUUGGAAACAAUAUUGAUGUGUAUUUAGAACCACUUAUAGAGGAUCUAAACCUGUUGUGGGAGAAAGGAGUGGUCACGUACGAUGCAUUCAGUCAGACCACUUUCACGCAAUGGUUCUAUGGACCAUUCAGGAUUUUCCUGCGUAUGGCAAUCUUGCAGGGUGUAAGGAAGCACGUAUAUAUGUCACAUCGGAAAGGUCUACCUCCGAGACAUGCUUAUCGAGGAAAGAAAUCAUGGUUUGAUGGUAAAACCGAGUAUGGGAGAAAGGGUAGGAUUCUGAGUGGUCGUAACAUAAGCCAAAUACUCAGAAACUACGAGAAUGAAUUUGGAAAUGUGAAAGUAACUGGAAAGAAGAGGAAGAUGAAAGAGGCUGUUGGAUCUGAGUCAAAUACGGAUGAUGAAUCCAGUGAAUCAGAGGAAGAGGAAGAAGCAGUUGAUGAGGAGGAGCUAUCUAGAUGGAAGAAGAGGUCAAUAUUUUUCAAGUUGCCUUAUUGGGAGGAACUUCCGGUGCGACACAAUUUAGACGUGAUGCACGUGGAAAGAAAUGUUGCUGCAAGCCUUAUCGCAACAUUGUUGCAUUGUGGAAAAUCAAAAGAUGGUCUUAACGCUAGAAAAGAUCUGCAACUGCUUGGCAUCAGGAAGGAUUUACAUCCUCAACCCCGUGGGAAAAGAACUUACCUUCCUCCAGCACCUUGGUCUUUUUCCAGCAAAGAGAAGAAAGUAUUCUGCAAGCGUCUCUUUGACUUUAGAGGUCCGGAUGGUUACUGCUCAAAUAUAUCAAGGUGUGUGAAGAUAGAAGAAUGUAAGAUAUCAGGAAUGAAAUCACAUGAUUACCAGGUGUUGAUGCAACAGCUUCUGCCGGUUGCGAUUAGAGGGUUAUUACCUACAGGUGUUAGAAUAGCUAUUGGACGCCUGUGUGCUUUCUUCCAUCAUCUUUGUCAGCGAGUAAUUGAUAGAGAGAAAAUCUCAGUAAUGGAAACAGAAAUUGUGGAAACUCUCUGCAUGUUUGAGAGGUUUUUUCCUCCAAGUUUCUUCGAUAUAAUGGUGCAUUUGGUAGUUCAUCUAGGCAGGGAAGCUCGGUUAUGUGGACCUGUCCAAUUCCGUUGGAUGUACCCAUUUGAGAGGUAUAUGAAAGUGCUGAAAGACUUCAUACGAAAUCCUGCAAGACCAGAGGGUUGUAUUGCGGAGGCGUAUCUCGCAGAGGAAUGCGACUUGAACAUUGUACAUCUCUCUGUGAUUCAGAACAUGGCAAGCGUGGAACCUUACGUGGACAUGCACCUACAACAUCUACAGGACAGUAAUGAGAGAUGUAGACGUGAUGCAACAACAUUAUGGAGAACCCAUACGCAGAAAUUUGCGACUUGGUUGAAAGAGCAGAUACCAGUAACUUCAGAGAAUCACGAUGAAACACUGAACUGGCUGGCCUAUGGUCCUAGGGCAAACGCAAGGUCUUUUAGUGGCUACAUCAUCAAUGGUCUGCGGUUUCACACCAUAUCAGUUGACAGACAAACUCAGAACAGUGGUGUUCUGUACGAGGCAACAGCAAUGUGUCGUUCUAGUGCAAAAGACACUUCUCAGAUGGUUGAUUUAGUAAGUUACUAUGGCAGAGUGGUGGAGAUUAUACUGAUCGACUACAACACAUUCUACAUUCCUGUUUUCCGCUGUCUAUGGGCAAACAUAGGAAACGGAGUGAAGGUAGAAGAUGGCUUCACACUAGUCAACCUGAACCAAAGCCAAAUGGCUUUUGCUAGAGAUCCAUACAUCCUCGCCUCACAAGCCAAGCAAGUAUUUUAUUCCAGAGUAGAUGAGACAUCCACUUGGUAUGUAGCUAUGAGAGGUCCUACAAGAAGAUACACUGAAGAAGAUUGUGAAGAUGGUCAUGCAGAUGUUGGUCCAUUGCCAGCAGUUGUAGAUAUGGAUGCUCAUGACUUGGUUGAUGAUAGUACAAAUGCUCGGGCUGACUGUGAAGGAAUUUAUGUCUGA